GAAGUAUAUGACAGUCAGAGUUCUACGAAAGUGUCGCAACGAGCGAAAUGAUCAUGGUUAGUAGAGGGGCAGAUAGUAUUCAUAUUGUUGUACAACGAGGACAUCUCAAUAUUAACCAAGUUGGAAUCUGAAUCUAGUAGAUUCUUCGUCGCUCACAUGUUGCUAGUGUAUUAUUUGAAGUUUCUUAUUGAGUAGUAGUUUUCAGUAAUUCUAUCUCAGUAAGUUUCGAUCCCAUCCCUUCCAUGCGAGUUUCCUCCUACCUUCUGGCACUACAGCAAAAAGUGCAUAGAGAUCCGCCAUUUCCAAAUCCAAUAUUUCUUGUUUAUCGGGUGUUUUGCAGCUGCAUUUGGUAUGGAUUUUUACUGUUGCUGUAUUUACUGUUGCUGUAUUUACUGUUGCUAUUUACUGUUGCUGUAUUUACUGUUGCUGUAUUUACUGUUGCUUUUUACCUUUGCCUUGUCUCUAUGGGCGUUCCAUCUGGCCCUACAGCACACAUCAAUCAUGAUCUCAUCAAUUAUCUACAGGAAGGCUCUGACUGUACCCACUGUCCUCAGCACUGCAUAACUUCAGGAAGGAGCAAGUUAUGCAGUGAUCUCAGGAGUGGGUACAAGGCCGUCCUGAAGUUACUGCACUGCAUAACUUCUCCUCAUUCCCUUAAGGGUUAACCAAUUACAUCCCCCACAACCAUUCCUCACUCUUUUUCCAGUAGGAAAGAGGUGAGGGAUGUUCUGAAGAAUGUAAUUCUGCAACCUUUAAUUCCCGUCCCCUCACAGUUUUUUCAUUCGGGCAGGGUUGUCAAACACUCCUGCGAGCUCCAGGCUUAUUUCCCAACAAGAGUGACAGCAUUCUGAAUGGAUAUUCUAUCAGGUGGUGUAUGGAUAUGGCCGACCAAUGGAUGAGGGUCGUAUCUACGUAGACAAGGCUAGGUGAGGACAUAGUCAUAGUGUACACACAAUAAACGUGUGGUUUUCAUGGUGCAAAAAAUAGGGAGAGUGUUCCUUCCUGCUAUGACCAACGAGAGAGCGAGGCGAAUUUCUGACCUGCAAGCGUAGAGGUACUAGAAGACCAAGACGGCGCAGAAUUUCUGACCCGUUACUAUUGCUGAGGCUCCUUUUUUGUUGCUGCAUCGGAU